AUGCCAAAAACAGGUGGCAGUCAUGGCAAAGAUUCCUUCACUGACCCCAAGAAGUGUUUAAAAAGAAAACACACAGGUACCACAGUAAACCUUGUUCUACUGGGAAUGGCUGGAACUGGAAAGAGUGCAAGUGGAAACACCAUCCUCGGAAAGAAGAGCUUCAUGUCUAAACCCAGUUCAAAGCCGGUCACCACAGAAUUCCAGGUGGCAGAAACUGAGAUGAAUGACUUACGUGUACGUGUGAUUGAUAGCCCAGACAUCUUUGAUGAUGACAUUGAAGCAUCAGUUUGGGACAAACAUGUAAAAAAGUGUAAACAGCUCUGUGGGUCAGAACCCUGCGUGUAUGUACUCGUGAUGCAUGUGAGCAGAUUUACAGAUUGUGAGAGAGACAUUAUGGAAAAGUUAGAAAAAGCUUUUGGGAGAGAAGUUAAAGAAAAAACAGUCAUUCUGUUCACACGGGGAGACGACCUGCAGCAGGCAAAAAUGAGCUUGAAGGAUUUCCUGAAUUCCUGCCAACCUGGUCUGAGGGAAAUAGUUGAAAAGUGUGGAAACAGGUGUGUUCUCUUUGAGAACAGCAGGUCAAGUUCACAGGAAGUUGAAAAGCUGAUUGACACGGUGAUCGGGCUGUUAGAAUAA